AUGGUAUUUAGCCAGGUUAAAGGAUUAGGGAUUGGUCUCCCCAUGUAUCCUGGUUGUAAUGAAUUGGAAUUGAUUUACAAUUGCUUGAUCGCAAUUCCUUAUGGUUUGAAAGUCGAGUAUUUCAGGUCGACUGAACUAAAAAAAAGGACUAUACAUAAUGGAACAGGAAAUUUCAAGUAUUUACAAAAACACGAUGGUUUUGACGAGUGUUACCAAUCAAAGGCGGCAAACUCCAAUACAGUAGAGCCAGUUUUGCCUUCCUUAGAAAAACGUACUUUACAUGCCCUAAAGGGAUCUCCGAAAUUGGCUUCGGAAGAAAUUGCCAUUACCACGAAGAUGAACACAAGUUCGUUUCAUAUAAGAGAUGUAACCCAUCCAACUCAACACUGGGAGGUGUUUGGCCAAGAGAACCUCAUUUAUGCGUCGGUCAAUAAUAUCUAUAGCGUGUUUCCACAAUCACAGGAUGUCAAAAGGAGCAAAUGGGACGUUUUGUAUGAUGAAAAGAUCCAACCACUUCUUCCACCUUACUGGCAGGGUCAGGCUCCCAGUGAUUGUGAACCCACCUUUGUGUAUAUGCCAAAAAAAAUUGCACAUGCAGCCCGAUUGAACAAAAAGAACAAAUCACUAGCUGAAGAAGAGAUAAAGUUUUACGACGAGAUGGUCCACUUCCAUCUUUUGUACAAAGAAGUUGAUGAAAGGUUGGAAACCCGUAAUAAAUUGGAAUUGAAGCUUUAUAUUAGAAUAAUGUCCUUAUACUAUAUUGCAAUGGGGUUGAUUACGUUUUCAACAGAGGAUGAUUUAGCCAAUGCUUCCGAAGAAGAGCCCAGUGCCGAGAAAUUACUAGCAUGUGGCAAAAUAAUCAAUGGGGUUUUCACUUUUUUGAUUAAAGUUUUAAAGCAAUGGGAAAAGCUCCCCAUUAGCAAAAUUAGAUUUGUUGGCCAAGUGAAUCAGACCUUGGAAUCUAUGAUACCAGAUGUCGAGAAAGAAAACGAGAUGGUUAUCAAAGCCAUUGAAGAUGCGGACAACACCAAGCGUGGACUCGAUCUUGAUGAGGAACCAGCCGAUAAUUACUUUGUUGAAGAGUAUGCUUUUGGUAAAGAAACAAUUUGCAGUUGCAAAAACGGCAAUGGUGCAAUCAAUGUAGAAGACAUUUUGGCAACAUACGAAAAGAACAAAACCCAUACAAACUGUAAAAAUGAUCAAAGGAGUAAAGCAAAACGUCGAAAAACAUAA